GGUUUCUGAUGGUAGUGUCUCCUUUAGGCACAUAUUCUUCCAUAUGAGAAUACUGCUACAAAAAGAAAAUCAAAUAGUACCAGUUGAUAUCGUGUUUUGGAUAGGUUAAAAUUGACGUUUAAUGUAUGAUUGUGUGUAAUGAUUAUGUGCAUACUUCCUGACUACAAAGCUUUGUUAUAGAAAAAUUGAUAUCAUAGAACGUGAAAUAACUGUUCAAAAAUACCAGAAUCGUUUUAUUAGUGUUUGAGAUGGCGGAUCAUUCGCUGCCGUCCGACAUACUCGACGAUUUAAGCAGCCGAUUUAUUAUCAACGUACCUGAAGAGGAAAGGAAAGAUUUAGUUCGAAUAUGUUUUCAAAUUGAACUAGCUCACUGGUUUUAUUUAGAUUUUUAUUGUACCGAUGAAAAUCCAAAAUUAAGACGAUGUGGUAUGAAGGAAUUUGCUACACAUAUUUUUUACCACAUACCAUUCUUAAAACCUCAUGUAGCUAACAUAGAUAAUAUUCUUGAACAAUGGCGCGAAUAUAAGCAAAAUGUUCCAACAUUUGGAGCAAUUGUAUUAAAUGAAGAUUUAACUAAGGUAUUACUUGUUCAAAGUUAUUGGGCAAAAAGUAGUUGGAGUUUUCCUAAAGGCAAAGUCAAUGAGGAUGAAGAUCCAUCCCAUUGUGCUGUUCGAGAAGUUCUGGAAGAAACUGGUUUUGAUAUUUCAAAUUUAAUAGAUGAAAAUGAAUAUAUUGAAUCAGUGAUACAUGAGCAACUAGUGAGGUUAUACAUAAUAUGUGGUGUUCAAAAGGAUACAAAAUUUCAACCAAAAACGCGAAAAGAGAUAAAAAAUGUAGAGUGGUUUUCUUUAGCUGAUUUACCUAAUAAUAAGAAAGACAUGACCCCGAAAGUAAAAACAGGAGUUGGCCCAAAUUCAUUUUUCAUGGUUAUUCCUUUUGUAAGGAAGAUGAGGCGUUGGAUAUAUGAGAAAAAUAUAAAUACAGUAAGGAGACAUAGACACAGAUCUCUAGGUGAUGUUGAAACUGUUUCAAAGAAUAAGCGACAAAUGCUUCCUCAUUCUAUUCAAAAUGACAUCCCGAGUUUUAAAGAUGUAAAAAGCUUCCGACAGUCAAACACUUCACCGGCGAGAAAUCGACGUGGCAUACACGAUAAUAAAAGUACCAUGUCAAAAGCAGCGAUUAAACGUAAUUUAUUCGGAGAUCAAAAUGAAGAUGAAACCUCAGCUGUUCUUGCCAUGCAAUUGACAGACAGUCCACGAAGUCAAGAACCCUGCUCAUUUUUAAUGGAUCCAGCUAUUCAAUCUUUAAAAUGCAACGAAUUCAGCUAUAAAGCUGUCGCUAAGGAAGUGAUAGAUCAAGGAUCUUGGGAAUGUCAAAAUAUAGAAAUUUCCGAAAAAAAUAUAAAAUCUUUGUUAUUUGGCAAAGCAGCAAAUAAAUUGCAAACAGAUUUAAAAACAAUGCCUUCUCCAUUUACGGUAAUGGAUCAUGGUACAUCGCGUAUUUUUUCAACAGAUUACAUUGAAACUAAAAAGUAUUCCACCGAACUUUGUUCAAUAAUUUGGGCACACUUUAAAUUUGAUAAACAAGCAAUACUUAAUUGUUUGUAAAAUUGUUUAGGACCGGUGAUUUUAGAAAG